AAAGAAAAUAAACAAAAAGAAAAUUUAUUGGAGAAAGAUGGAAAUUGUAAAAGAAAAGGAAAAUUAAUGGAAAAAAGAAUAAUUAAAUGGUUAGAAGUUAUACCUAAACCUACAAAGAUUGAAACAGUUGAGGGAGCAAUAAUUAACAUAAUUGAAGAAACUAAAGUUAAUGAAACUAAUGAGAGUGAUAAAAAUGAGAAGGAAGAGGAUAAAUUAGAAGAAGAUCCCAAUAAACGGUUCCGUGACUUUUGCGCCGGGCGACUUUUGCGCCGCCACUAUCAUUAA